AGGAAAGUGAAAGUAAAAGCGGAAAAGUCCCUAUAAUUCUUUCACCUUUACCGAUCUUUAUAUUCUCUCAAUUCAUCAAAGUUUACCGACCAACAUCACCUCAACAUGUCCAAGUUUAAGAUCAGACCCGAGAACCAGACCAAGGUUAAUAAUUUCCGUCUGUCCCUGAAUCAGAAGGUGGAAGAUCUUUUUUCUAAUCAAAUUCCAAAGAAAAUCACUCGUCUGGACAAUCUGAUUAAGGGGGAGGAACUGAACGUUUCUGAUCUUUCAUCUCUGCAUGCGCCUCUUGAUAUUCCAAUUCCUGACCCACCAACCCCAGAAGAGGAGGAAAUGGAGACGGAUAAGAACGACGGCGAAGACAAGAAGAAGAAACGGCCCAAAUGUGGCUUCAUCAAAGGGAACGAGAAGAUCAUGAAGCUGCUGGACGUGGUGAAUCCAGAGAUCUUCCAACUCAAAGAAACCUGCAUCACUGUUUCCUGCUGGAUCUCACUACUGAUUCCCAAAAUAGAGGAUGGAAACGACUUCGGAGUUGCAAUUCAGGAGAAAAUCCUGGAGCGAAUCACUGCUGUAAAAACUAAACUGGAAGGAUUUCAGACCAACCUUAACAAAUAUUUCUCAGAGAGAGGCGACGCUGUGGCCAAAGGUUCCAAAGAAAUGCACGUGAUGGAUUAUCGUUCACUCGUUCAUGAGAAAGAUGAAGCAACGUACUACGAGAUCAGAAUCACUUUACUUGACAUCCGCGGCUAUUAUGCGGAGCUGUACGAUAUAAUCAGUAAGAACCUGGAGAAGGUGGUGAAUCCUAAAGGAGAGGAGAAACCCAGUAUGUACUGAGAGGGGGUGAGACAGAGGGUGAGACGUCACCCUCCCUACAACACUCAUGUAGAAACGCUGUUUAAACAUUAGAUGGUUUCAGUCAGUCAUAACUUCAGUCUGUUCAUAAAAUUCACGUCAGAGUAAAUAAACUUGAAUAUUAAAAACCA